AUGAGCAGAAGGCGAGAGGGGCUGAGCGUCGCCCAGGAGAUUGAUGGACUGGAGGAGAAGCUGGCACACUGCAGACAGAGCAUGGAGGAGGUGGAUCUUAAACUGCAAAGGGAGAAGCUCAGUGCUGAAGGAAGAAAGUCACUGGAGAGAGAGAGAAACUUACUAAUGACCAAAGCUGACAACUAUGAGAAAGAACUGAGUGUGCUUCGUAAGGAAAAUCGGAAGAAUGCUGCCCUUGCUGUGGCCAUGGGGUUGCUGAUUGCUCUUAUUUACACCUGCUGGACAAUGUGACUGCACUCAAGAAUUCUCCCUGCUGACCAAAUGACUCUCCUGCAAGGAGUUUUUCCUUCUCUCAUCACUGUGCUUCCCCCAAGGAAGAGGAUCAUCAUUUCAAAUUGCCAUUCUUGUGUAUUUUCUCCAGGCCUUGUUGUAGGAAAGCUUUUGCUCUUGAGAAUUGUGGUGGACAGGCAAAAAACCAGAAAUCACAGUACACUUGCAGUUGGAAAUUGGGUCCAGCAGAGCAAGGUGGUGCUGUCUUAUCCCAAAUGCAGUUGAGACCAUCCAGCCUGAUGUAUGAAUUCAAUAUAUUGCCCCUUUUGAAGAGGACCUCUGUGCUUGCAGACAAGUGCUCUCUGCCCAGCCACCUCAGAAUACACACCACCACCUUGGUUACUGUGAUUUGGCCAUAAGCUAAAGGGGCACUAAGCUGUUUGAAUCAAAGGCUAACUUGGGUUUUGGGACCUUAAGGUUCCACCUAUUCCCAGAGCUGAGGAAAACAAAGACCAUUACCUCCUCCGCACUGACUUGCAGGACCAAAGGAACACUACCCCCACAAAAACAGAGGGGAGGAACAUAUCUCUUUUUCUGCAAGCAGGUACCAUCUAACUUGAGAUCUGAGUCUUUGGACUUUAAGAAGAUCUACCUAACUCUCCUGUGCAUCAGAGCUUGGUAGUUGUUUUGUGUCACUGAGAAUAUUUGCAUAAGAGAAUUUAUUGUCAGCUCCCACAGCUGGAAGUAUCU